UGUUCUUCAAGAUAAGAGUUAUUAUAGUUUGGGGAGUUGUUCAUAGUUCGAGACGCUCUCUGUGAAGGCAGAACUGCAAAGAACUUCUGAAGUUAAAGACGUAAAAAUUCAACUCAAAAUGAAGUUUGCUAUAGCUUUUCUCCUCGUUUUAGCUGUCGCUAUUCCCACAGCGUUCUCUCUGAAGUGCCGUUAUUGCGCUGGAGUUGGAAGUCUUUGCACCGGUCCAUCGGACUGCGUCGGCGGGGGUGACACAUGCUUCACUACCACCUACAAGAACACGAGCAAAGUCGUCAAAGGCUGUCUUUCCGCUUCUGCCUGCAACCAGUCCAUGUCUCUGUGCAGCAAGACUCCAAACUACUGCGUCACUGAGUGUUGCAACACUGAUGGCUGUAACGGCUCUGCAGGAUUCAUUCAGAUCAACGUUGCCAUGGUAUCCGUGAUGGCUUUCCUCGCUAGCAUCUCUUACAUUUUCUCUCAUCACUAAAAGCUGAAAAUGGACCUUCCUCAAAAGUAUCGUGGAUACGGAUAACGUUAACGCGAACAUACAAAAGGAAUCACACUUUUCUCUAAGGAAUUUCUUUUGUGUUUUCAUGUUGGGUUCGCAUUCAAGAUAGUUUUAAGAAGGGUGCCUUUGCGUAAUGAUUGACGGCUCUGAACUUAACGAGGAUGUAAGAUAAUUAGAAUGACUUAAUCUAAUAUUUCAACUGACUGACUCAGCAUCUAUAGUACUAAGUGUUUUUAUGCUGUCGUAGUGUAUUUUCGAGAAAAAAAAWAAACUUAUAAAAAAAUAGAGUGGUCUUCCUGUGUUUUGCUUUCACCACAGGAAACCCAUCGCUUUCUUAUAUCCGUGCUUCCUGGGGGAAAGGCGGGGGAAAGACCGCCUGUCCGACAAGAAACAUAGAUUAUUGAGUAGCUUCUUAUCGAGCAACUCAUCCAUCCGUGAAGGAACCACCCACUUUGACAUAUAGAUCUUUUUCGAGAUGCGCGACCGCUGUCAAAAGUAUCGUGUGCUCAGAUUCGAAAAAGAGGCAUUUUCGAGCAAGACUAUAGGUUGCUAUCAAUAGACGUCACUUCCGGUAAUAAGCAAUUACAGGCACGCGCGCUAUGGAAAAGACAUACAAAUUAACUUUGAAAAUUAUGUUAACAAAGGAACAUCGGUACCUUGAAGUUUCUUUGGUUGGGGAUCCGGAAUAAGAUUAUAAGUUUUUGAAAAAAAAAAGACAAAACCUUUUCUUCGCCUUUGGUUUCCGAUAGCUUUCUUAUCACACUGCCCGAAAAAUGCCUCGUUUUAAUGUCUGUGCCUGUGAUAUUUAUGAAAGCGUUCGUGCACCUCGGAAAUCGUCUAAUGCCCAAUGAGAGCAGAGCGUAAAAUGACACCUUUCACGCGUAUCAUUCGAAUCAUAAUCAACAUUUUCUCUCCUUUCAAAACGAAGUAAAGUAAAGUUUAAGUACA